CAAAUCAAUAAACUUAGAGAGAGAGAGAGAAAGAAAGAGAGAACGUGUUAAAAACUUGAAGUAGUUGAAACAUGGCUGGUGAGAAGGAAACGAUGAAAGUGGUAAGUGAUAAAUAUAGGCAAUUCCUACGAGAAGGUCAUGUUGCAGCUGCAGGAACUAUCCAAUGGAGACAUGGUGUUCCUCCAAUUUAUGACAGUGUUAAUAAACUUUUUGAACAAGGAAGGACCAAGGUAUGGCCAGAAGGGUCUUUUGAAGAAACAGUACAAAAUUCUAUGAAGACAUGGGAAAUGGAGCUUAAAUACAAGACUCACGUAAAGGACUUUAGCACCAUUAACCCUGAAAAAUUCAAGCUCAUUGUUAAUGGAAGAGAGGGACUGUCAGCAGAAGAGACACUAAAAAUAGGGGGUUACAAUGCGCUAUUGAAGAGUUCAAUGCCUGAUGAGUUCAUAUACCAUAAAGCAGAUAAAGAGACCUUCGAAUCAUCUCACAAUGAUUUUCGAUCAGCUUUUCCAAGAGGAUUCGCGUGGGAAGUGAUCAACGUGUAUUCUGGCCCUCCUGUUGUGACAUACAAAUUCAGGCAUUGGGGUUUCUUUGAAGGACCAUUCAAAGGACAUGCCCCUACUGGUGAGAUGGUGCAGUUCUAUGGUAUUGGCAUUAUGAAGGUAGAUAAAUCUCUAAGAAUAGAGGAAUUAGAAUUGUACUAUGAUCCAGCAGAACUUUUUGGUGGACUACUCAAGAAACCAACAAUUUCCGAAUCUAACAUUGAGCAUCAGGGCAAUGAUGAUAAUACCACCACUCAACAUUGCCCAUACAGCCACAACUAAUUAUGUCAAAUUUCUGUUCUUCAAUAAACUUUUGGUACUUUCCAAAUAAUCAUGUUUUAAUAAAUUUUAUGCAACUUUACUUUUCAAAGUCAUGUUUUAAUAAAUUUUAUGCAACUCUUUAUGUUUUUUCAGUCAUCAGACAUUCUCUAUCUAUAUUUUUUAUAUGAUAUUG